CACACUCUGACGUCGAACACCACGAAGAAUAAAUGAAAAGAGGAAGAAGUAGAAAAAAAAAACCAAGAAGACAACACUUCCAUCUUUUCUUCCGCUGCUUUUGGACUCUGAGCAAACCUUUUAGACGACAGCCAGCACGACUUUGGACUUAAAAGGCACCUGCUGACCGACAAUGGCUGUGAACGUCUACUCCACCUCAGUGACCAGCGACAACUUGAGUCGCCAUGACAUGCUGGUCUGGAUCAAUGAUUCCCUGCAGAUGAACCUCAACAAGAUCGAGAUGUUGUGCUCAGGUGCUGCCUACUGCCAGUUCAUGGACUUGCUGUUCCCGGGCUCGCUGCCUCUGAAGAGAGUCAAGUUUGGCGCCAAGCUGGAGCACGAGUACAUUCACAACUACAAGCUCCUGCAGAUUGCCUUCAAGAAGAUGGGCGUGGACAAAAUCAUCCCCGUGGACAAACUGGUGAAGGGCAAGUUCCAAGACAACUUUGAGUUCGUGCAGUGGUUCAAGAAGUUGUUUGACGCCAACUACGAAGAGCGGGAUUAUGACCCGGUGGAGGCCAGGCAGGGCCAGGACGCCGCGCCCGCUUCCAACGCCUCCAUGUCUGCGUUCAACAAAGCCCCGAAGAAGGCCAUCAGUCAGGCUCCUCAGAGGCCGCCCGUCGCCAAGGUAGCGCCCAAAGUGUCCACCGUCAGCGCCAGGAAGUCCGGAGGCGCAGGAGUUGACGACGAGAGGGCGGAGCUCAUCAAUGAGGUGGAUGGCCUGAAGUGCACCAUCCAGGACAUGGAGAAGGAGAGAGACUUUUAUUUUGGUAAGCUGAGGAACAUCGAGUUGAUUUGCCAGGAGAACGAAGGCCAAGGCGACCCCACGCUGCAGAAGAUUGUGGAAAUCCUCUACGCCACAGACGACGGUUUUGAGAUCCCGGAUUCUGAAGAGCAGGAGGAGUUUUAGCAUUGAAGCAGUUACCUCCAUGCCCUGUCCCCUCCCCCAACCACCACCCGCCGGGCUCAAAGUCUUCUGUGGGCAAAGUCUUGGCCGCCGGCCUCUUCUUCCUGUCAGCCCCGCCCCCAGGAAGUAUGUGUUGGUAUGAGACAGGAGUGUGUGUGUGCAUGCAUGUACUGUACUUUUUUUUUUAGCAAUCUAUAAGACUUCAACGUGUCCCAAACUAAGUCCAACUGAUGUUUUUUUUUUUUUUGUGUUCCGCCGCCAAUCAGUGCCUCACUUUUUCUGGCGUUUUCCUUUUUUACAUUCCCAACCAAUCCACUUAUUCUAAAAGAGGCCACCUAUUUCACGCUUAUUCCGUUCAAUUUGAUUGUCUCUUACCAAUUGGAGUUGGCUGCUAGUCAUGAAGAGGUGCCUUGCUGUGGGCCGAGCUGUCAGUCCUCACCUAAAAUGUUGCCACUGCAGUCCCCACCAGUGGAGUCAGACCUGCAUCGCUGCAAACGCUGAAUGUUGUGUGUGUAAUCGUGUCAAGUGUGUGUGUGUGUGUGUGUAAAAACAAAACACUUUGGCGUUUGAGAUCCUCCUCCUGGUUUCUUUGCAACAAACUCAGUCAAAUGGCCUUAAUCAAGCAAACCUCGUCAUUUCCCCUCCAGUGUAAUGUUCUAUCAGUGUUUAGGUGUUUUGUAUCAAUGUCAGGGUAUUUAGGACUGGAGCUCAGGCAUGUCCGCUGUGACUUGUCCUCCAUCGAGCGCGUCUCUGGUUGCUGAGGCUUUCUUUUAGUCAUCGGGGUGCUCAAAAGGCAGCAAAGGUUCACCUCCCAAGCGGAGAGCGCUGCCGAAAAAACAAAAGACGAGCAGCAGCCUCGCGCCUCUGACGCCCUUUUUAAAAACAAAAAAACAACCCAGUGAAUGUUGCACACAAUCAGACGGUGCCUGCGUGUUCUUUUGCCUUCUCAUUAAAAACAGACUGUUUCCAAA